AUGAAGUCACAGGAAGUGAUGAACCUCCUGAACGCUCGGCUCAUGUCGGCUCAGACUAAACACUUCCCUCAGAUACCAUCUGCUGUCAGAGUCAACACGCGUCUCUUAUCAGAGCGCCGCGAUGCCUUCAAGGACCCGUCUGCUGCUGCUGCAUUAAGAUCUUUCAUCCUGGAUCUCCCAGAAUCCUCCUCUGCAGCCCGGGGUCCUCGCUCUGAUCCGUUCAGACGCUCCGCUGGGUUCACGCUCGUGUUGUGUUCAGAGACCAUCAGAUGGUGUUUGCACGCUCUGAGCCCGGAGAUGUUCACGGUGUCGUCUCAUAAAAACCUCAGACUCACUCAGACGGUGGAGGAUGACUCUGUGGAAGGCCACACCCCCAACAGUGAUGUCACUGCUGGAGUUCUGCCUCAGCAGCUGAUUAAAGAGUGUGAUGACCUCACUCAUGGGUCUUGCUCUUGCUCGCCCUCUGGCAGCACUCAGGAGUGUGACGUGAACACGGGACAGUGUCGCUGCAAAGACAACGUGGAGGGCUUCAGCUGCGACAGGUGUAAACUGGGCUACUUCAACCUGGACCCCAACAACCCUCAGGGCUGCACGCCGUGCUUCUGCUUCCAGCACUCGUCUGUGUGCGACAGCGCCGACGGCUACAGCGUCCACACCGUCAGCUCCGCCUUCAGCAGAGAUGACGAGCAGUGGACGGCUCAGCAGCGUGACGGCGCCAGCGUCUCCGUCCAGUGGUCUUCAAGCGGACAGGAGAUCUCCCUCAUGUCGGACGACUACUUCCCCAUGUACUUCAUCGCCCCAGAGAAGUUCUUGGGGAACCAGAUGCUGAGUUACGGACAGAACCUGACCCUGAAUUUCCGCGUGGACCGGCGGGACACUCGUCUGUCGGCGGAGGAUCUGGUCCUGGAGGGGGCGGACCUGAGGGUGGCCGUCCCACUCAUCGCCCAGGGUAACGCCUACCCCAACGAGAACAUGCAGACCUACGUGUUCAGGCUCCAUGACAGCACAGAUUACCCGUGGAGGCCGACCAUCAGCCACUCAGACUUCCAGAAGCUUCUCCACAACCUGACCGCCAUCAAGAUCCGCGGCACCUACAGCGAGAGGAGUGCUGGUUACCUCGACGAUGUCUCCUUGGUUACGGCGAGGAGGGGUCCAGGUCCUCCGGCACGCUGGGUGGAGCGAUGCACAUGUCCUCAGGGUUACCAGGGUCAGCACUGUGAGCAGUGCACUGUGGGAUACCGCCGCGCACGCCAAGAGCUCGGAGCCUUCAGCUCCUGUGAGCCCUGCAACUGUAACGGACACAGCGAGGCCUGCGACCCCGGCACAGGAGCGUGUGAUUGCCGUGACAACACGGCGGGUCUGAGCUGCGAACGCUGUAAGGACGGUUACUACGGCGACGCCACCCGAGGAUCCUCAGCUGACUGUCAGCCGUGCCCUUGUCCCGCCGGAGCGACCUGCGCCGUCGUCUUCAAAACCAAGGAGGUGGUGUGCACCAACUGUCCUGCAGGAACCACAGGUAAGCGCUGUGAGCUCUGUGAUGACGGGUUCUUCGGCGACCCCCUGGGUCAGAGCGGCCCGGUCCGAGUGUGCCGCGCCUGCAAGUGCAGCGACAACAUCGACCCCAACGCCGUCGGGAACUGCAACCGCGAGACCGGCGAGUGUCUGAAGUGCAUCUACAACACCGACGGCUUCUUCUGCGACCGCUGCAAGGAAGGUUUCUACGGCAACGCCCUCGGCAGCAACCCCGGCGACAAGUGCAAAUCCUGUUCCUGCUCUCCGUUGGGUACCGUGGACCGUCAGACGGCGUGCUCCCAGGUCACGGGUCAGUGUCCGUGUCUUCCUAACGUGGCCGAGCGUGACUGCAGCGCCUGCCAGCCCGGCUUCUUCAACCUGCAGAGCGGCAACGGCUGUGAACGGUGUAACUGUAAUCCCAUUGGCUCCACCAACGGUCAGUGUGACAUCACCACAGGUCAGUGCGAGUGUCAGCCCGGCGUGACCGGCCUGCACUGCGAGCGCUGCGAGGUCAACUUCUUCGGCUUCAGCUCGUCUGGAUGCAAACCGUGUGACUGUGACCCUGAGGGCUCUCAGUCUGGUCAGUGUAAGGAGGACGGUCGCUGUGAGUGUCGCCCCGGGUUCGUUGGCGCUCGCUGUGACAUGUGCGAGGAGAACUACUUCUACAACCGCUCGGCGCCCGGCUGCCAGCAGUGCCCGUCCUGCUACAGCCUGGUCAGAGACAAGGUGAACCAGCAGAGGCAGAAGCUGCACGACCUGCAGACCCUGAUCGAUAACCUGGGCUCGGGUCAGGACACGGUCAGCGACAAGGCCUUCGAGGACCGCAUGAAGGAGGCAGAGAGAGCCAUCAUGGAGCUGCUGGAGGAGGCUCAGACCAGCAAAGACGUGGACAGAGGCCUGCUGGACCGUCUCAACAACAUCAACAACACUCUGACCACUCAGUGGAACCGCCUGCAGAACAUCCGCAACACCGUGGACGACACCGGAACGCAGGCCGACCACGCUCGCAACCGCGUCCGGGACGCCGAGAACCUGAUCAACCGAGCCCGGCAGGAGCUGGACAAGGCCAAGGACGCCAUCGGCAAAGUGGACAUCAAACCGCCGAGCGGCACCGGAGACCCAAACAACAUGACGCUGCUCGCCGAGGAGGCUCGCACGCUGGCCGACAAGCACAAGAUGGACGCCGACCAGAUCGAGAAGAUCUCCAAAGACGCCAACGACACCUCGACCAAAGCGUACAACCUGCUGCUGAAGACUCUGGACGGAGAGGGCAAGACGAGUCAGGAGAUCGACGAGCUCAACAAGAAGUACAACGAGGCGAAGGAGCUGGCAAAGAAUCUGGAGAAACAGGCCACCAAGGUUCAGGCGGAGGCGGACGAGGCCGGAGACAAAGCUCUGAAGAUCUUCGCCAACCUGACGAGCAUCCCGGCGCUCGACACCAAGGCCCUGGAGGACGAAGCCAAGAAGAUCAAGAAGGAGGCGUCGGACCUCGACAAGCUGAUCGACAAGACGGAGAAGGAGUACAACGACCUGAGAGACGACCUGAAGGACAAAGAGCAGGAAGUGCGCAAGCUGCUGGAGAAGGGCAAGAGUGAGCAGCAGACCGCUGAUCAGCUGCUCGCUCGCGCUGACGCUGCCAAAGCUCUGGCUGAGGAGGCGGCGAAGAAGGGCCAGACCACCUUUAGAGAGGCUGAGAGCAUCCUGGAAGACCUCCGAGACUUCGACAGGCGCGUCAACGACAACAAGACCGCCGCAGAGGACGCUCUGAAGAAGAUCCCCGGCAUCAACGCCACCAUCAUCGCCGCCAACGAGAAGACCAAGCAGGCGGAGGCGGCGCUCGGAAACGCAGCCAACGAUGCCCGAGAGGCCAAGACCAAGGCGGAGGAGGCGGAGAGGAUCGCCAGCAACGUGCAGAAGGGCUCGGCUAAGACCAAGGAGGACGCAGAGAAGGCCCUGCAGGACACCAACAAGCUGGACGGGGAGGUGGACGACAUGAUGAAGCAGCUGAGCGACGCCGAGCAGGACCUCGCCAAGAAGAAGGCCGAGGCCGACCAGGACAUGAUGAUGGCGGGGAUGGCGUCAGACAACGCUAAGGAGGCGGAGGACAACGCCCGCAAGGCCAAGAGCGCCGUCAAGACGGUUCUGAGCACCAUCACCGGCCUGCUGGACCAGCUGGGAAACAUAGAUAAGGUGGACCUGAGCAAGCUGAACCAGAUCGAGGAGUCCCUGAAGAGCGCCAAAGGAAAGAUGGUGAACAGCGAGCUGGACAGGAAGCUGAUGGAGCUGAACGACGUGGCGCGGACCCAGGAGGACAUGAUCAACGACUACGACCGGCAGAUCCGCGAGAUCCGCGGCGACAUCGACAACCUCAUCGACAUCAAGAACACGUUACCCGACGGCUGCUUCAACACGCCGUCCCUGGAGAGGCCUUAACCCCGCCCCCCUCCUCCUCCUCCUCCUCCUCCUCCUCCAUCCAGCUCCACCACUCCCCCCUUCUUCACUUCUAACACUCUGGCCAACAUGCCGACCUUUACCAAAACAGUUUUUUAACUUUCUCGUUUCUGAUUCUUGUCUUUGUUUUUCUUUUAAAGAGAGAAGCCGAUAUUUCGAGUUGACAGAAAGAAAACAGAAGCAGCUGUUUUUGUUUCGUCUCUAGGUUUUCGUUGUUUUGUUCGAGACGCAGUAACGUGGUUUCGGUAGCAUGAACUAAACGGCGCAGAGAAGCCGCGCAGAGAGGUGGAGGAACCUCAGAGAAAACCAGAACCACAAACCCGACGUGACUGCACCGUCUGCUCCGACUGAGAAGUUUCACUGACGCAGAAAACCACAGACGCUCCUCACGCCGCGAGGACGCUCUGUGUCUGACCAGCCAUUACCCAUCAUGCCCUGGGACACACCAGCUACUUCAGAGUUUCACAGUUUGAGCUGAAUGCACGGCUUCACGCUGCUCCUCGUUUCAGACACAGUGAAGGAAUCUUUUCUCCCAAAGCUUCAGCCCGCAGAGAACGCCUCCUCACCUCACCUCUUCAGCAGUAUUCCCCCUCAGUCAGGCCACGCCCACUCUGCUGGCGUGUACGAAACCUCUGAAGUCCAGAAAAAAAGAGCCUUUGGAUCUUGUGUGCACCAGAUACCAGUAUCCUGUUUCUACAAGGUCUGGAUCUAGGCCUAGGGUUAGAAAAUAUUUUCUAUUCAUGCACAAGAAGAUACGAUCUUGCACGCGCCAGAUAUCAUCUUGGGUACACAAGAUAUUUACAACUCGUUAGCAAGAUUAAUAUUGCAUGUGCAAAGAUACGAUAUAUUGACCUUGAGCUAAGAUAUUUUCUUGUUUGCGCAAGAUCUCAGAAGUGCUUUUAAUCUUGUUAGAACAAGAUGCUAUCUUUUAUGAUCUUGUCCACACUCAAUGUCAUCUUGGGCUCACUGGAUGUGGAAACAAAAAGACAGUAUCUUGCACCUGUCAGGCAUCAUCUUGUGUACACAAACUGUAACACGUUUGCAAGAUUAACAUUUUGUGUGCAGAAGUUGAUAUCUUGAUUUUUAAAGGGUUUGAUCUUGAGUUAGGUUGAGAACAUAUUUUUUUGUUUGUGCAAAGAUAUGAAUGUGUAUCUUGGGAGAACAGGGUGUUAACUUUUACACCAAAGAUGCUAUAAUUUGUGCAUGAUACUAUCUUGCACAUAUCAAAUGUCAUCUUGGGUGCACAAGAUAUCUUGACUCAAAUAUCCCAUGUUGAGUUGGCACAAGUUAAUAAAACAUCUUGAAGAUAUUGUCUUGUUUGUGCAAGAUCUUAAAUUGUGCUCAUGAGAUAUGGAUCUUGUUGGAGCAAGAUUUUAACUGAAUAAGCUACAAGUUAUAACCUCGUACUCUCAAGAUGCAAUCACAAAGAGUCUUGUGGAAGUAUCUUGCUCUCUUGUUUCCCUGAGGUAUGGAUCCUGGGUCUUAAAGUUUUGUGCAAGCAAGAUAAAUGUACAAGAUUUGAAUCUUGUGUGCGCAAGAUAUAAUCUGGCGUGAGAACUUUGUUGUCCCCAGAGUUGAAGAUCUGUGUUUAAAUUUAGAGUCAGAAGUUCUGAUCUUGAGUAAAACUUGAUGAUCUUGUUGCACCCUCUUCCAACAAGAUGGUCUUCUUCUGCGAACAAGAUCCCGCGUGUCUCCGGACUCCAGGAGCUCUGUAGGCGCGUCUUUGAUCCGGCCCGAUGUUUUAACACUACGAACGUUGCUGCUUAUCACCCGUCACACAUUAACAUUUCUUCCAGGCUAAAUCCAACACUAUGCAACUUUGUACAUUUGCGUAGUGAGAAUUUUAUCUGAUACACUGGUGCUAAUAAUUAUUUCAAAUGUUCUAUUUUUGUGUGAAUGUUUUUUAUUAUGACAUAGAGUGAGGAAUUUGUUAUUUGUGUAAAUAUAUGCUUAAAUGAUUCAGGACUGGCUGAUUUGUCAGACGCUCCACCGUGCAAACAGCCGCGUUAAGUUCUAUCACAAUCAAUCAACUGAAACCUCCAGGUUAAAUAUAUAUAAAUAAUAUCUCUGAUAACGUCUGUGGUAUGUUAUUAUUAUCAUAUGCUUGCUUGUAUACACGGCUCAGUGUCUGCCUCAUAGCGAUGCCAAUAUUUCCUUUGUGUUUUAUUGAUUCUCUGUGGUUUUCACGACUUAAUUCAACCUAACUGAAUAUGUUUUAGAUGUUUGACCCCCUCCCCCCAGAUCAGGUCCUGUUUUAAAGGGGACGUCUCGAGCCUCCACGCUCCUCUUCCUGAGGUCACCAGCUCCGCUCUGUGGAGGGAAGGAGCUGUGUCACACGUCGCUCUCUUAGUUUUAAUUAGUGUUUUGUGCCUUAAUAUAAAGUGCCGUUUUAAUCACAGGCCGACUUCUUCACGAAACGUUCCUCGUUUCUCACGCCUCCUCGUGUCGGGGUGUUUUUAUAAAUCGGGUCCUGAACAGAGAACAUGUAGAAACCUGAUCCGAGUCCAGCCGGUUCAGAGCCAAACACUCCAGAGUGUCUCGGUUUGGAUUCCUGCAGAUGAUCAGACGUCAAACACCGAGAGUGAAAGUGGUCUGAUCACCAGGAGAGAUAACCUUGAGUGUUCACGCAGCGUCAGCCUCUCACUGACUCUGUUUCCUGUCCUUUAUUUCACCGUUCUCUUCCUCCCUCCAUCCAGACGGCCGCUCUGCAGGCCGUGCAGCACACACGCGCUCUCUCACAUGAUGUAUAAACAGUAUUUUAAGUUAUAAUGUACCAGUUAUUUGUAUUGUAACCCUGUCGUCUUAGAUGCUGAUGUGAGUGCUGCACAGCCUGCAGGAGCCCUCCGCACGCAGUGUGUUGUUAUUCUGACGUCAUGUUUGCAGCUCUGUGAGGACCUGAAUGACCCUGUUUGUUCACAUGUGCCUGUAAAUCCAAACUUAACAUUUGAAUAAUAAAAAAUUACUACAGGA